AUGAAGCAGAUUCUUUUCAUAAUCAUUGUUCUUGCCGUUUCUUCUUGUUUGAAGCUGGAUAGCAAUCUUUAUAAUAACGACACUAAAAUCAAAAGCUAUGAACUGGACAAUUACACUGGCGAGCAGGAUUUUAUACUAGAUGAUUCUUACACUAUAACAGCGGAUAAAAUUACUUGGCUGACUCUUAAUUCUCAAACAGAGAAAGAAUCUCAGUCCACAGAAAUUAAGGCGCUCUACAUUGGUGAUCCUUUAAAAAUUUCUACAGACACGGUGAUACUGUAUUGUCACGGUAACAAAUGGCAUAUGGAUUUUUACUGGCAACGUGCUAAAUUACUGGCGCAUGUAAAUGGGAAAAACAGGUACGGACUCAUGAUGAUGGAUUACAGGGGCUUUGGUCUGAGUUCAGGGAAACCCACAGAAGACGGUAUGUACGCUGACGUAGACGCCUGCAUGAAAUGGUUGAAAGAAAAAGGACUGGAAGAUAAACGACUCAUUAUUUAUGGUUUUAGUCUCGGAAGUGCCUCUGCCUGUGAACUAUCUGCAAAUACAAAAACACUUAAACCUUCUAAAUUAAUUCUCGAAGCGCCCUUUGGUAGCUCUGCUAUUAUGGUGCAGGACGCGUCGCAGUUAAAUAUGCCUGCGGAUUAUUUCACAGAUGUGAAAAUUGACAAUGCUGAAGAAAUUAAAAAAGUAAGUCAGCCUUUUUUGUGGAUGCACGGUACCAACGACAAUUUUCUGAAUUAUAAAACUCAUGGUGAAGUGGUUUACAAAAACUACAACGGAUCCUACAAAGAAAAAUAUUUGGUGGAAGGCGCCGACCACGGUGAAGUUCCCGCAAAAAUGGGGUUUGAUAUAUAUUUGAAGACCAUUGGAGACUUUGUGCGGCGCUAG